UUCCACUAAAUUGACAGUGUCUAUUCCUUAUCCCCAGGGUUACACACCCUUCAAUCUCUCUCCUUCUCUUCCGCCACAGCCAUAGUUAUUCAAACAUCGGAUUUAUCUCUAAAAGAUACAUUAGCACCCAUGAACUGCGUUGCAAUGAGCUCUACAGUUCAAAUAUUCACUACUACUUUCAAUCACUUCCUACUUCGACGCCGUUUUACUACUCAGUCGAGAUGUUUGAGGCUAGCCAGGCCUUGGCCUACUCUCAGAGCUUCAAGAAUCGUUUGUAUGGCGGAGCCGUAUCUGAUAACGAAACUGGAAUCUGCGGAGAAGACGUGGAAGGAAUUAUCGGUUAGGCUUGCUGAUCCAGAUGUUGUCUCCAAUCCCACUGAAUACCAAAAACUGGCGCAGUCUGUUUCAGAACUUGAUGAGGUUGUAUCAACUUUCAGGAGAUUUAAGGAUUGUGAGAAGCAAUUAGAGGAGGCCAAAGCUUUAUCGGAAGAGGAUGGAACAGAUGAAGAUAUGGCUGAGAUGAUAGCAUCCGAAAUCAGCUCUUUAUCUGGUCAACUAAAAGAGCUUGAGGAGAAGAUUAAGGUGCUGCUGAUUCCAAGUGAUCCUCUUGAUGCAAGAAAUAUAAUGCUUGAAGUGAGGGCAGGUACUGGAGGCGAUGAGGCUGGAAUAUGGGCCGGUGAUCUUGUCAGAAUGUAUCAAAAGUACAGUGAGCGGAACUCUUGGAAAACUGCCCUAAUUUCAUGCUCUGAGGCUGAAAAAGGAGGAUUCAAAACUUGCGUGAUAGAGGUCAAGGGGAGUCGUGUCUACAGCAAAUUGAAAUAUGAAUCAGGUGUUCAUAGGGUCCAGCGUGUUCCUCAAACAGAAACACAGGGCCGUGUGCACACUUCUACAGCAACUGUAGCCAUCAUGCCUGAGGCCGAUGAAGUUGAGGUGGAAAUUGAUCCAAAAGACAUUGAACUCACAACUACAAGAUCUGGUGGUGCUGGAGGCCAGAAUGUCAACAAGGUGGAGACAGCAGUUGAUCUCUUCCACAAGCCAACUGGGAUCCGUAUAUUCUGUACCGAAGAAAGGACCCAACUUCAGAACAAGAAUCGUGCUUUGCAGCUGCUACGAGCAAAACUGUAUGAAAUAAAAGUAAGGGAGCAGCAAGAGUUGAUAAGGAAUCAACGAAAAUCACAGGUUGGUACUGGUGCCCGUGCUGAAAAGAUUCGAACCUACAAUUAUAAGGACAAUAGGGUUACCGACCACCGGCUAAAGACGAACUAUGAGCUUACAUCUUUUCUUGAAGGUGAUAUUGAGAAUGCAGUUCAGGCUUGCUCAUCAAUGGAACAGAAGGAGCUCCUGGAAGAGCUUGCCGAGUCUGCGGCUACAACUGCUGGCUAAACGAUAACACUGAUAUUUGAUCGAAGUGUCUGUGAUGUCAGGCGAGAAUGGAUUAAACUUUGAAGAAGUUAAAAGAAAUUACUCGUUCAACAAAUCAAGAAAGCACCGUCGCUUGCACUCCCAGUCCCAUCAUCAUGACGAUUCUUUUCGCUUGGGUGGCUGUGGAAAUUGUUCAAAUACAAAGGAAACUUAAUAUUCUUAAAAUGC